CCUUUUGCCUGGGAGCCUGGACCCAGGAGACAUCACAGCGCUGGGCUAGGGGCGCGGCUUGAACUCGCCUGAAGAGCUGUGCCCCCUCACCCGUGCCGCCCCAGCCGCUGCCGCCUGCACCGGACCCGGAGCCGCCAUGCCCAAGUGUCCCAAGUGCAACAAGGAGGUGUACUUCGCCGAGAGGGUGACCUCUCUGGGCAAGGACUGGCAUCGGCCCUGCCUGAAGUGCGAGAAAUGUGGGAAGACGCUGACCUCUGGGGGCCACGCUGAGCACGAAGGCAAACCCUACUGCAACCACCCCUGCUACGCAGCCAUGUUUGGGCCUAAAGGCUUUGGGCGGGGCGGAGCCGAGAGCCACACUUUCAAGUAAACCGGGGAGGUGGUGGAGACCCCAUCCUUGGCUGCUUGCAGGGCCACUGUCCAGGCAAAUGCCAGGCCUUGCCCCCAGAUGCCCAGGGCUCCCUUGUAGCCCCUAAUGCUCUCAAUAAACCUGAACA